AUGCCACCCAAAGUCGCCAAGGGCGAGUAUAUCGAGACGGACACCGGCAACAAGAUCUCGCGCCGCUCCCAAAUCCAUGGAACACAACAUAUCAUCCUGGGCGGAAAAACCGUCAUCCAAGCCGAAGCCGUGAUCCGCGGCGAUCUCUACCGGCUACAUUCCUCCGCCAGCGGCGACCCCAACAACCCCGCGACACCCACCCCCACCACGCAACCUAACACCCCCAGCGUCGCCAUCACCGUCGGCCGGUACAGCUACAUUUCCAAAGCCGCAAUUUUGCGCCCGCCCAGCCGCCUGCACCGCGGUGUGCACUCCUUCUACCCGCUGAAGAUCGGUGACCAUGUUUUUGUCGGCGAGUCUGCUGUCAUCGAGGCUGCCUCGCUCGGGAACCAUGUCCAUGUGGGUGCCCACGCCUCUGUCGGGAGUAUGGCAAUUAUCAAAGAUUUUUCGUGCGUGCUUGACGGCGCCGUUGUUCCGCCGGGGAUGGUCGUGCCCAGUUGGUGUGUGGUUGGUGGGCAGCCUGCGAGGAUUGUCGGUGAGGUCGGCGAGGGCUAUGGGGUCGAGGGUGCCGAGGGUGGGUUGGCUAGAGAGAGGUAUCGGGUUGUUGGGAAGCCUUGA